AUGUCUACCCUCGAGAGCGACAGUGGCUUUGCCAACGAUGACAUUCACCUUCUUGAGAGCGGUAACUUCGCCGAUGCAACUAUCGUGUGCGGCGACCGAACUUGGAAAGUCCAUAAGCUCAUUUUGGGUUCCCGAUGCAAGUGGUUUCAGAUUGCUUUCUAUGGAAAGAUGUCGGAGGCGUUGUCCGGGAAGAUCACAUUGGAAGAGCAGAACCCUGAACUUAUCGACAUCCUACUUCGGUUCAUCUACGCCAAGGGUAAUAACAUCAACAUCGCGAAGCUGAGGGACGGAAAAGACAUACCAGCACUCUGCAUUCAACUUUCCCGACUUGGCGAUUUCUUCCAGCUCCAUGAAUUGCAAAAGAAGGCAAUGAUAGAGAUCAAGGCGCACAUCAACAAUACUCUUGCAUUCCUCGACCCCAUGGUUCGCAAAUGUGGCGAAAAGCCCCCGGAGUCGCUCGCCGAGAUUCUUGGAGUGGUCAAGGAGGCAUACCAGGACCCGUGCAACGAUGAAAUCUCGGAGACAUUGCGUAGAUUCGUAUGCAAGAAUAAGCACAGGAUCUUCCGAUUCAAGGAUGCUGUCAAUCUGUUGGACGAGAUUCCGGAGAUGGCACAGGAUCUGACAAUGAGCUAUAUCACCGAUGAUAUCGCUUCGAACAUGCGAAAACCCAUUUACCACCUAGGCCUACCCGUCUUGAAGGCUGUCUGCGAUACGAAGUUCCUUUAUGAAGCGAACGGCUCGGAUCUGGGCCCAGGUGCAGUGGCCACGAUGCCGUGUCUUCUGUAUCCUGUUAUAGGGAAUGCUCACUCCAUUUUCACACCGAUCGACCCUAAGACAGAGAGGACGAUCGACAGCAUUAGGUGGAUCACGCCUGAUGUCUCUAGUGUCAUCCAGAUGACAAGCAAUCCGGAGUCCGACACUGUAUGGGUUUGCAUGAAGAGAAGCCCUGGACAGAUCGAAGUGUUGCAUGUUCGCUUCGACAACAGUGAAGGUGCGAGAAUUUACGUCGAACGCUAUGACCGAGCCAAUCCUGGAAUCGAACAAGUGACAGGCGAUCGCAAUGGUCUCACCAGUUUGAUGCAGGUCAAACUUACACUAGCUUCCGGGCUGCAAAGUCCGUGA